AUGCUUCUGAACAAGCUUCUUCGCGAUGGCGACAACGAGGAUCUUGCUGAUGAACGUCGAAAAGCCACUUUCGAUACUGACGAGAUGGCAGCAAUCAUCUGGGAAGGCAGAGAGAGAGUACGCCGGCGAAGGGAGAUCACGAAAAUUGUCGAGGAACAUAAAGAACUCCACGAUCCAUUCAGUCCAGCGUUUAUGACUCGUCAUGAAGAGAUAGAAAAUGCAGCAAGAAAGAUCACAACGAUGACCCGUGAACUCGACAAACUAGGUGUAAAUCCGUCUGAUGGACCCGAUAUGGUUCAUUUAACCUGUGAAGUUCUUGGCAUAAAUGGACACCCACUGACAAUUCACAAUGUCAUGUUCAUUCCAAGUCUUCAAGCUCAGUGUGCUGAAGAUCAGAUGCAUUGGUUACAGAAGGCGUUAAAUAAGGAGAUCAUCGGCACCUAUGCACAGACGGAGUUAGGCCACGGAACAAAUUUGAAGAAACUGGAGACAACAGCUACUUACGAUGCAAGAACACAAGAAUUUGUGCUACACAGAAUUACCGUCGGAGACAUUGGCCCGAAGAUGGCGAUUGGAGCUAUUGACAACGGCUUUCUUAGCUUCGACCAUUAUCGAAUUCCAAGGGUUAAUAUGCUCAUGAAGCAUGCUAAAGUCACAUCUGAUGGAAAGUACGUUCGUCCUCCGCAUGCUAAGGUCGGCUACUCCGCAAUGGUGCACGUUCGCUCAUUCAUGAUUGGUGAUCAAGGAAAGCUUCUUGCUCAAGCUCUCACCACUGCCAUACGGUAUUCGGCGAUCCGACGUCAAGGAGAGAUUCGACCCCGAGAAGGAGAAGUGAAAAUUCUCGACUAUCAAACACAGCAACAUCGCCUACUUCCACAGCUUGCUCGAGCGUAUGCUUUCACUUUCACCGGUCGAGCUGUAAGUGACAUGUACAUGAGGGUACGAAAGGAUGUAUUCUUAGGAAAAGUGAGCAUUAUCUUGAUUUCCCAUUUUCGCUUAUUUCAAGUGCAACGAGCUAAGCAAGAGGUGGCUGCUCCAACCAUCAGGACCACUUCAAACUACACGGCUGGUGACUGCAUCCGACACCCUUUAUUCACGCUACGGAGCGAAUGCAUAGCUUAA